AUGCAAAACUCAAAUAGGCGAGAGGAAGCUUACAUCUACAUAAGCACUGCAUUAAGGUUGGCUAUAUCUCAUGGGUUCCACCGCGAGUCUCGGCUAGAAAAGUUUGCCCAGUCCGAGAGGGUCAGGCUCAACCGGCUCUGGUGGACCGUGUAUAUGCAAGAAAGGCGCCUAGCAGCUGCGACAGGCAAUCCAUCAGGUAUCAAUGAUGAAGCGAUCGAAUUGACGCUGCCAACAAACGCGCCAGGAUUUAGCCCUGCAGCGCCGUUGUGCACGAAUAUCAAAAUUGGUAGAGUGGUUGGAAGAAUCAUAAGUGAUUUAUAUGGAAAGGAAGCGGAAACAGAACAGGCGUUCGUUUCAAACGUCCAGGAUAUUGUGCAGACGCUAUACGAUAUAUCGCAAAGCAUACCAUCGGAACUUGAGACUAGUAUGCGGAAUUCUGGAUCAGACCUCUCUCUGAGGACAACUGCUAUGCUGCAUUUAAUGCUUUAUCAGGUGCGAAGUGGAAAACCGGUUGCAUCUGGUUCCAGUUUGGACAGCUUUCUAACAAUGUAUAACCAGGCGACGCUUUUGACAAUACGGCCCAUCAUGUUACACGUUACUCAGCUAAUACUGGAGAACAACAUCUCCUCGGAAGAAUCGUUGUCUAGGACACCUCUGGGGAAGCUCACUGAAACUUGCAUCGAGGCAGCUAGACGGAUGCUAAAGGCUAUCAUCACAUUAAAGAGCAAGAAUAUGCUAGUUAUCUUUGGCUUUUUUGACCUUGAAUCGGCAGUCUCGGCUGCUGUCGUGAUGAUCCUUAUGGCACUGUAUAACUCGGCAUGCCCAGAUCAAGACCGCUUACAUCCAACACCUGGACUCAAUGAUGCGCUUGAAGUGCUACAAUUUUUGUCUGACAAGGGAAACAUUUUUGCCUUCCAGCGGCUCCAAGAGGCACAAAGACUUUGGGAGCUGACAAGGCCUUUCCUCCAAAGGGCUCGUACAGAAACAAACAGCCACAAUCUGGCGUCUGAAUUGAACCACAGGCCUAAAUUCGCCACAGUUAACCAUACAAACAAUAACGAAAAUAACAACUGCCCUCCACAGUGGGAAACAGGAUCAUUUCAACAACCGAACACUCACGAAAAUCUUACUGGCAAUGCGGCCAACGACGCAAGCGUGAUAAACAUGACGACGCUGGAUAGUGGUCUAUGGGAUGAAAUCUCAAACAUUUGGGCCCUUCGACCGGAUCCUGAAGGUAUCUCUUUGGCGCAAGGGGAAUCAGUAACUAACCCACUUACGGAAGAUGCCUACAGAUACUAUUACGCCCUUUACAGCAACGGGCAAGGGACUUUCGUUGGAGAUGAUAUGGAAGGCUUAACGGACCUGGGCAGAUAUCUUUUCAAUUCUGGAACCUAG